CUACCCUGCUCAGUAUGGCCAGCCGAUGAUGCCAGGGAUGGCUCCGCCUCCCCCUGGUGCAUAAUUCCUGCUGGACCGCCGUUCAUGCAGCAUAUGCCUUACCCACAUAUGCCCCCGAAUGCGAUGUACCCUGGCGCCCAUGGGACAAUGCCUCCUCCACAAGCCUACAUGCAGCAGGCCCCGCCGCCUGGUUACCCAGUCCCGCCUAACGGCGCCGGCCAUCGCCCAUCUAUGCCCCCUACCCCUAUCCCAUCUCACGCUCACCCAUACUACCAGCAAAGCCCACAGCGUACGUAUUCCUAUUAUUUGGUAGACUUCUCGUCCGACUCAAGCCCCCGGACAGUACAACAUGCUGUGCCCUACCCGAUGUUGAUGCCUCCCCCCGGACCCCCUCACUCGUACGACCCCUCGCAGGCUCCGCCUGUGCCCAUGGGCGGCCACGCCUGAGCUCGUGGUCCCAAGCUGGUUUGUGUCGUCUGUCCAUACUGCUGCCUUGGUGUGCACUGCUGCGGAGUAUAUGGAUACGGAGGAGCCUCAGGUGCUCUGUGACGCGAGCGAGGUAUGGCCCUGUGUGUACUAUCGCUGCGGUCCAGUGUUGUCGUCUGGCUGUCAUGUCAUGUUGUUCGCUGCAAUUUGUUGUGAUGCAAUGCAAAACAAUAAAAAAGCACGAGGGGCAUAUGA